UUGCUUCUCUCCAGUCUUGGGCUUAAGGCUCUGAUAACCAUGAGGCUUCUCAUUCUCACCUGUCUUGUGGCUGUUGCUCUUGCCAGGCCUAAACUUCCUCUUAGAUACCCAGAACGCCUUCAGAAUCCAUCAGAGAGCAGUGAGGAAUACAUCAAUGGUAUGAACAGGCAGAGAAACAUUCUGAGAGAAAAACAGAGUGAUGAAAUCAAGAACUGUGUUAUGGCAGAGCCUGAGAAGACGGAAUCCAGCAUCAGUUCAUCAAGUGAGGAAAUUUCUCUCAGUAAGUGUGCGGAACAGUUUUGUAGACUGAACGAAUACAACCAACUUCAGCUGCAAGCUGUCCAUGCCCAGGAGCAAAUUCACAGAAUGAAUGAAAACAGCCAUGUCCAAGUGCCUUUCCAGCAGCUUAACCAACUUGCUGCCUACCCCUAUGCUGUUUGGUACUAUCCACAAAUCAUGCAGUAUGUUCCUUUCCCAUCGUUUUCCGACAUCUCCAAUCCCACUGCUCCUGAAAAUUAUGAAAAAAAUAACGUCAUGCUAUAG